AGGUGUCCAAACUGACAAUGCUUGGGAGAUGAAGAUAGUGUGUAGCUGCUUCUGGGCUCAGGGAGGAGGAGAGGAAUCCGCCAGCCGGCACGAUGAGAUCCAAGGCGAGGGCGAGAAAACUGCCCAAAAGUGACAGCGAGAUUGUAAAUAAUAUGUACGAGACCGACGCUGAUCUCCUUGCUGGCGAAAGUGCAGAGGAGGAAACAGAGGACAGUAUUAUGUCCCCCAUUCCUGUGGGACCUCCAUCACCUUUUCCCACCAGUGAGGACUUCACUCCCAAGGAGGGCUCACCUUAUGAAGCUCCUGUCUACAUUCCUGAUGACAUUCCAAUCCCACCAGAUUUUGAACUCAGAGAAUCUUCGAUUCCAGGGGCAGGGCUAGGGAUUUGGGCCAAAAAGAAGAUUGAAGUUGGGGAAAGAUUUGGACCCUAUAUGACAGUACAAAGGAGCACGUUAAAGGAAACAAACUUUGGAUGGGAGCAAAUACUGACUGAUGCUGAGGUGACCUCCCAAGAGGGCAACAUCAAAAAGAUUGCCGAUGAGCUGGGCAGUGAGAAGUUCUGCAUUGAUGCUGGCCAGAGUGGAGCUGGGAACUGGCUGAAAUACAUCCGUGUGGCCUGUUCCUGUGACGAACAGAAUCUAGCUGUGUGUCACCUCAACGACCAGAUCUAUUAUAAAGUUAUUAAAGAAAUUGAGCCAGGAGAAGAGCUCUUGGUGUAUUUGAAGGAAGGUGGUUAUUCCCUUGGGAACAUGGCGCCCAGCAUGGAAGAGGAGCACACGUUUCGCUGCGAGGACUGCGAUGAGCUUUUCCAGUCCAAGCUGGACCUGCGGCGGCACAAGAAGUAUUCCUGCAGCGCCGUGGGCUCCCUCUACGACACCCUCAGUGACGACAUCAAGCAAGAAGGUCUUGGAGAUGGACAGGUCUAUGAGUGCAAAGACUGUGAGAGGAUGUUCCCCAAUAAAUACAGCCUGGAGCAGCACAUGGUGAUCCACACUGAGGAGAGGGAGUACAAGUGCGACCAGUGUCCCAAGGCUUUCAACUGGAAAUCCAACCUGAUUCGUCACCAAAUGUCUCACGACAGUGGGAAACGGUUUGAAUGUGAAAACUGUGUUAAGGUGUUUACCGACCCCAGCAACCUCCAGCGGCACAUCCGCUCGCAGCACGUGGGCGCGCGGGCCCACGCCUGCCCCGACUGCGGCAAAACCUUCGCCACCUCCUCGGGCCUCAAGCAGCACAAGCACAUUCACAGCACUGUCAAACCUUUCAUAUGUGAGGUCUGUCACAAAUCCUACACGCAGUUCUCCAACCUGUGCCGUCACAAGCGGAUGCACGCGGACUGUCGCACGCAGAUCAAGUGCAAGGACUGUGGGCAGAUGUUCAGCACUACCUCCUCCCUCAACAAGCACCGGCGCUUCUGCGAGGGCAAGAACCAUUACAGCCCUGGGGGGAUUUUUGCCCCUGGCCUCCCCCUAACGCCCACUUCCAUGAUGGACAAAUCCAAGCCCUCUGCCAACCUCAACCACGCCAGCCUGGGCUUUAACGAUUACUUUCCGUCGCGGCCGCACGCGGGGGGGAUCCCGUUCUCGCCCGCCCCCCCGGCCUUUCCCGCCCUCACGCCGGGCUUCCCGGGGAUCUUCCCGCCGUCUCUGUACCCCAGACCCCCCUUGUUACCGCCCACACAACUGCUCAAAAGCCCCCUCAACCACACUCAAGACGCAAAGCUUCCGAGCCCCCUUGGGAACCCGGCGCUGCCUCUGAUCUCCGCAGUGAGCAACAGCAACCAGGCCGCCUCAGGGGAGGAGAAAUGCGAAAGCGGCCUGGAAAACUCCUACCUGGAGAAGCUGAAAGCCAGGAACAGCGACAUGUCCGACGGCAGCGACUUCGAGGACGUCAACACAACCACGGGCACGGAUCUGGACACCACUACUGGCACGGGUUCGGACCUGGACAGCGAUGCAGAGAGCGACAGGGACAAAGCAAAAGAGAAAAGCAAACAGAUGGAGAGCAAGCCAGAUUUUGUCAGCAGCUCUGUGUCUGCGAGUGCCACCAACAACACUAGCGAGAUCCCUCUCUUCUAUUCUCAGCAUUCCUUCUUCCCUCCCCCCGAAGAGCACCUGCUGCCUGCCACGGGGGCAGCCAAUGACUCGAUUAAAGCCAUCGCCUCCAUCGCAGAGAAGUAUUUUGGGCCUGGCUUUAUGGGGAUGCAGGAGAAAAAGAUGGGUUCGCUGCCGUAUCAUUCCAUGUUCCCCUUUCAGUUCCUCCCCAAUUUCCCCCACUCACUCUAUCCUUUUACGGAGCGGACCCUCAAUCACAACUUGCUGGUCAAGGCAGAACCAAAGUCACCCAGGGACCUCCACAAAGUAGGCAGCACCAGCUCAGAGUCACCCUUCGAUCUCACCACAAAGCCAAAAGAGAUUAAGCCAAUCUUGCCGCCACCUAAGGUCCUGCCAGCCCCGUCCUCGGGGGAGGAGCAGCCCCUGGAUCUGAGCAUUGGCAACCGCAUCCGAGCCAGUCAGAACGGAGGGAGAGAGCCACGGAAAAACCACGUUUAUGGGGAAAGGAAGCUAAUGGCAAGUGAAGUCUUACCCAAGAUUUCCCAGUCUCAACUGCCUCAGCAGCCAUCCCUGCAUUAUGCUAAGCCAUCACCCUUUUUCAUGGACCCCAUAUACAGCAGGGUGGAGAAGCGGAAGGUGACGGACCCUGUGGGUGCCCUAAAGGAGAAGUACCUGCGACCCUCCCCGCUGCUCUUUCACCCCCAGAUGUCAGCCAUAGAAACGAUGACAGAGAAACUGGAGAGUUUUGCAGCCAUGAAGGCAGACACUGGCACUUCCCUGCAGCCCCUUCCACAUCACCCCUUCAACUUCCGAUCCCCACCGCCCACGCUCUCCGAUCCCAUCCUGCGCAAGGGCAAGGAACGUUACACCUGCAGGUACUGUGGGAAGAUCUUCCCUCGCUCAGCCAAUCUGACACGGCACCUGCGGACACACACUGGGGAGCAGCCUUACAGGUGUAAAUACUGUGACAGGUCAUUCAGCAUUUCCUCCAACCUCCAGCGGCACGUUCGGAACAUCCAUAACAAGGAGAAGCCAUUCAAAUGCCACCUGUGUAACCGGUGCUUCGGGCAGCAGACCAACCUGGACAGGCACCUCAAGAAACACGAGCACGAGAACGUUCCGGUGAGCCAGCACUCUGGAGUCAUUACAAACCACCUUGGGACCAGUGCCUCUUCCCCAACCUCGGAGUCAGACAACCAUGCACUUUUAGAUGAGAAAGAGGAUUCAUAUUUCUCUGAAAUCAGAAAUUUCAUUGCAAACAACGAGAUGAAUCAAGCAUCAGCUUUAGCAGAUAAAAGGCCAGAAAUCCAGGAUAUUGAUGGCAAUUCCCAGUGCCAUGGAUUAGGAAACGAGAAAACAGAAGAUGUGGAUGAUGAAGAUGAAGAACUGGAAGAGGAAGAUGACGACAGCCUGACAGGGAAGUCGCAGGAUGAAACGGUAUCGCCCACCGCAGAGCCCCGAGGAGGAUUUGAGGAUGAGGAAGACGAAGAGCCCACAUCUCUCAGCAUGAGCUUUGACCACAGCCGAAGGUGUAUUGAGGAGGACGAAGCCGGCCUGUUAGAUUUGGAGCAGAUGCCGCAUUUUGGGAAGGGGCUGGAUCUUCGCAAAGCAGCCGAGGAAGCAUUUGAAGUUAAAGAUGUGUUUAAUUCCACCUUAGACUCUGAGACAAUAAAACAGACUCUGUACAGGCAGGCUAAAAACCAGGCUUAUGCAAUGAUGCUGUCCCUGUCUGAGAACGCUCCCCUCCACACGUCCUCCCAGAGCUCUCUGGGUGCUUGGUUGGACAUGGCAGGAGCAGCUUCAGAGUCGGGGACCUUUAACCCCAUCAACCACCUCUGAGAGGUCACCAAGGCACUGGCCAGAGUCCAGGCGAGGAGGCAGAGGAGCUGCAAAUCUCCCAGCAACAACCCCAGCAAGCAGCAGAUGGAUGAGAGGGCCUCAGGGAGUCGUCUGGGCUUUGGGCUGAGAAGGAAACCUGUCGCACCCGAGUCCUGCAUUUGUAUCUACCCAGAGUUUUCACGUCUAAUUUAUCAGAAUGAACCUUUCCAAAACUGGAUAACCCUGAUGCAGCCCCAGCAUUUCACAGUCUGUUGGAACAGCACGAGCAAGCUACGAAUUGCAACGGUGCAAUCAAGUGUUGGCCCCUCAGCAUUACCAAACAGGAUCACUGAGCCAGUCAAGCCUGAGGAUAAGAGCUUGAAACCAUUCAGCAGCAUUUCCUUUCAAUUCAGCUGAAGAGCAAAGUAAUAAGGAGAGAGCCAGGUGUGACCUGUCCCUGGUGCAGUUCUGACAUAGUCACUGGAGUUAUACCAAGGAAGGGUAAAAAUUCAACCCAUCUAAUUGACCUCCUGAAGAAUCUGCAGGUCUGUGGUCCCACAGAAGCACUGUCCUGUCCUUUGUUCCCAGCAAAGCAUCCUGGCACAGCACAAAGCUUCCUGGAUGCCAGGCUGCCUGCAGUCCUGGCACCACACAGGCAGUGUCCUGGUUGAGACAUCUCCAGCCUGGAGCGUUGUUGAGGCUGAGGUUACCCAAUGGAACGUGCAGAUACGUGGUUGGUGGUCAUGGGCUGUGCCCCCAGCGCCCAUCCCGCUGCGGGGUUGGCAGUGCUGCCUGCCUCUGGCGCUGCCCAUCAGCCUGAGCUGCUGCUGGAGCUUUGCAGAAGGGAAGUGAGGCCACUGCCCUGUGUGCCCACCCUUGUGCUGCCAACACCACCUGGGCUUGGCUGGGCAGAGAGGCACCGGGGCUGCCCCUUCCCCUGGGAGCAGUGGCUGUGUGUGGGGAGGGCGCUGGGCGAGGAGCCUCCUCUUGGAGGGCAGCGUGGCUGCAGCUGCCCAUGUGUCUCCCAGGGGCUUGUGAGACUGACAGGCUUUUGGUGUGGGUGGCAUCUGGGAGCUGUGGCAGAGCUGUGUGACUCGUGCAGUUGUUGCAGUAUGCUGGGUGGCUGCUUGUGCAUCACACGCUGCUAUUUGGCCUAUAAUUUAAGUAGGAAGAUGAACAUUUCCCUGCUUCAGCAACCUGGGGGGUACAGCCCUGUGUUCAAGCACAGAGCUAAGAAUUGUCUCUCUGACUCUAAAAUUGGUUGCAGGUAUUUUAUGGGUGAUUUUAAAUCGCUUCUAAGUCUCAUCUUUACUAAUACAAAGCAGCCUCCAAGAAUACUGUGACAGCUGUGCUGUUCAGCAUUGCAGUUCCUGUUGGAGCAGAGACUCUGCAGGUGAAGCCGGACUACCGAGUAGUCAGGACAGCAAUCAGACCUUGCUGAGGGUAACCCUGGCUGUGCUGACAAAGUUCAGAUUGGGUGUCCUGAGAGUUUUCGACUUGCAGCAUCUGAAAAUGAGAAAUGCUGAGGCCUGGAUGAGGGAACAAGUGUCUGUGCGUCUCCCCCACGGCGGCUCUGCCGCUGCAGCCUGUGGUGCUCAGGCAAGUGGGCUGGGACAGGAUUGAUCUCACACCCAGGAGGGCAAGGGGAGCUUUUGCCAUUCAUUUCAGCAUAUUUUAGUGCUGGGUGUGCUCCUGGUGUCACGUCAGGUAAUAACUGCUUGUUUUGUGGCUGAUGGCAGAGGAACAGCACGUGGCUGUCGCCGUGUCUGCCUGCAGGUGCCUCUGUGCAGUGUGGCACCGAGUGAACACACAGGGCCUGGCCAGAGAAACAGUGGCAAAGCCUCAUUCCAGCCUGGUAAACCAGAGGAGACAGCUACACUGAGUGAGCAGAGGUUGUGUUAGGAAAGACACCUUUGCAAUUCAUUCCUCGCACCCAGGAGCACACGUGAGGAGCCUCCGACACCCACGGAGGAAAGCACCCAGGGCAGCUCUGGUACAGGAGGAGCAAAAGGUAAAUCAGCAGCAUCAGCCUGUUUUCCCAGAUGUACCCUUCCAUGUUUGGUUUCCCACAACACCCUGUGAAAGUGCCCAAGGCUCUGAGACCAACAGUCAGUGUAACCCCAACUGCUUCAUAGAUUUGCACAAAGCUCUUGGGCAGUGGAGCCCGAGAGCUGACCACGUCCCAAGCCCCAGGCUGUGCUGGCCCCUCUGCCUCUGCUGCAGCUGCAGCUCAACCCUGCCUGGCCCUCUGCCUCUGCUGCAACUGCAGCUCAGCCCUGCCCCACUGCUCGCCCUUUAAAUCAUUCCCACAGGGGCCAACUGAACAUAAUAAAGGAAUUGUCUCUCGUGCUGACAGGUUGAUUUCCAUCUGUAUAUAACUUGUACGGUUUUGCUAAUCCCUUUCUUAUUUUAUUGCUUCCCUAACAGUAUUGGUUGCAGUAGGGAUCAUUCUUGUGAAGAAAUGAUGUUCAUAUAAGUCUGUAGUGAAGGACCAAACUCGUGUGCUUACGGUUGUGUGUCGUCCGCUGGGUGAGCCGCGAGCAGGGAGCUGUUGUCCACGUUCCAAAUGCCCCUGAGCCGUGCUGCCAGCGCUGCUGCCCCUGCUCCACACCAUCCCCUGUCCCGUUCCCUGUGCCUGCAGCCGCUGCCCAGGCUCCUGGGGGCCUGUGCCAGGGCUGGCAGCGUGUGGCAGCGAUGCCCCUGGGCUGGGAGCUGCCGGCAGAGCCAGAGGGAUCGGUGCUGUCCCACCACAGCCAAACCCCACGGCUCAGCAUCGCUGAUGGGCAGCUCUGCCAUGCUGGAGCCAGCUCUGUGGGUGACAGGAAGCAUUUGCAUGCCCUGGCCCCACGUUUUGCUGGGGGUUGCCACGGCCUAUGGUUGGUGGGCACCGAGCUCCUCACACCAGGCAGCUGGGCUCCCAGCCGUGGGCUGAGUACUGAGAAACGCGAAUGUCACUGGAGGGGUUUCUGUGGGGGAUCUGUGGUCUCCCCUGCAGUGUCCCAACCCCCCUGCCCCUGCUGUCGUUUCUUCCCCAGGGUUUGUGGGCAGCUCCUGGCUCUGCUGAGCUGCUGCAGGGCUAUGUGUGCUCCCCAGGGCGAGGGGCAGGCCAGGGGCUGGGGCCAGCAGGGAUUAAGGACAUUAAAAUAUAGGGUUUAAAAUCAUGAAAUGAUUUUUUCCUUUUGGUAUUUCCUACCUGAGUUCUCUCCCCGUUUUCCCCAGCUGAUGUCUGUUGUAGGAGCUCCCAGCUCCUCUCAUUUUAGCACUGAUGACAAGUUUUGAUUUUUCCACAGGUAAAUAAACAGAAAAGCCUCCCCAGUCUCUGUUUAUCUCGUAGCUUUCAUUCAGUUGCACCUGAGACAGUCUCAAGUCCUAGCAGAAGCUUCGUUUUUGAUUUGCUGUUGCAGACUAAAGCAAUCCCUUAUUCUGAAGGACGUUCCCUCCAGGUGUGUGUGUGUGUUGGGGAAGGGACUGUGCUUCCCAGCACGGGCCCUGGCACUGGCCUUGGCCUCGGUGGCAGCUGCAGCUGGGUGCUCCAGGCCCCUGGAUGCCACGAGCCCGUUGUGCUGGGUGCAGUGAGGGUUGUGGUGCCUGCAGUGUGGGCUGCUGUUGGUUUGAGAGCCAGGGCGCGGCUCGGGGUGCGUUCAGGCGAGAGUAUUAGUGUAGGACCUAUUUAUUGAAAGUGUUUUCAUGUCUUGUAGCCAUAUCACCACAGCAGCCAGGAGAGGAGAGAGGACAGGAGGAGCCCUCUGUGUCUCUUGUGCAGCCAGAUAAGGGUGAGAGCCAGGUGUCCAGCGCUGCUGCGGUGCAGGUGCUGUGUGCAGCAUCCGGCAUCUCCUGGAUGCUGCUUUGGCCACAGAUAGUUCUGCCUGAGCUGGUGAGGGAGGAGAAAACAGGUCUGAUAACGUGCCUUCCCCUUUCCCUUUCCUGCUGGGGCCCUGGCAGCCUGUGCUGCUGCAACUGGUGUGGGAAGGUGCCAGUGGGACCCACUGGAUGUGCCGAGCCCAGCUGGGUUGGCAGCGCCUGGUUGGCUGCCGCUGGGCCACUGGCCAUGGUGGGCACUGGCUGUGGUGGGCAUUGGCUGUGGUGGGCACUGGCUGUGGUGUGCACUGGUUGUGGUGGGCACUGGCCAUGGUGUACACUGUCUGUGGUGGGCACAUGCCGUGGCGAGUCAAUGCGCAGGGCUGCAGCAGAACCGAACCAAACGGGGUAAAGCAGCGAAGCACCCGCUGAGUUCAAGGACACAACACAAAGGUUGAUUUCUGUCUUGCCUAGAACAGACUAGUGGAAGCUUUUCCAUUCUCCCCAGUCAGCACUUAGGCUUUCCACGGGCGUUCUCGAGAGCGGCUCCUUCCCCACUCCCCACGAAGCGUUUCGCAGAGCACUUGCACAACGACGUGGACGCGUUUGACUCUUAAGCAUCAAAGCACUGGAUUGUGAGCCCCCACCCCCCCCUCACCCCCAGCCGAGUUCAAUCUACUGACUUACAUUGGGUUUUUACGUGCUGUAUUGUGUGUGUGUGUGUGUGGCAGGGGGAAGGGGGGAAGCAUCACGGUGCAGGGACCUGCCCCUGCCUGCCUGGGGAAGAGCGGGCAGGGAGCCGGGCGAUGCGCUGGGCUCGGUGCUGGUACCACAGGGGCAAACCCCUCUGCUCCCAGGCCAUGGUCAGUAGUGUGUUCACAAAGCCAUGAAACCUUAUUUUUCUUCCUCUGUAGUGUUGAGUGAUACUGUGAUGAAAAAACAAACCCAGAAACAACCGUUACCGAAUGAUUCCGAGGCUCCUGUUUCGCUUUUUCUGUCGUUAACUUUAGUACCACUGUGGGGAAAAAAAACAGUAAAAGGACAAAAAAAAAAGGACGAAAAAGACAAAAAAAGGCAGCUUUGAUUUCCAAACGUGCAAUUCACAUGUGAACAAAGUAAUCCUGACAGUAACUCUCAAUGUUCGUUACAUUCUCGUCGCUCUCUCCAAAGCGAGAGGCGUUUUUGCCCUGAUGUCAUUUCCAGCCUGCAGAAGAUGUAAUUUAAAACAUAUAUAUAUAGUGCUUGCAAGAAUCAGAGCCCCGUGCACCCCGUGUCAUUCCUCUUCCCAUUGUUACAACACAGAGCUGAUUUAGGUUUGGGUUUGGGGGUUGGUUGUUUUUGUUUGUUUUUCUUUAGACCUGUAUAGUGUUUUUUAAAGGAAAAAAAAGAAAAAAAUCAAUUGUAAAUGUCUGGUUUUCAUAUAAUGUUUAAAAAACAUUGAGAAAAGAGGAUGGUGCUUGUUCCAUAUCAUUCUUGAUUGUAUAUUGCUUCUGUUCUGUUUAUAAGUAAACUGUGCAUGACUUGUGUUUAGUCAUUAUUGUGUCCGUUGGUGAGAUUUUUAUUAAAGGAGAAACCAAUUCCGUAGAUGCACUUAUUGUAAAUGUGGUUAGGUCUGAGGCUGGGAGCCUCCAACUGCCGAGGAAGAGGGCAGGAAAAAAGGUGUUGGCAGUUAUUAAUUAAUAUGAAGUGGCUUUGUUGGGAGCGUCGUGAAACGAGAGAGAGGGAGUGUAGAAAAUAAUGAAAAAGAAGCGAUUUUACAGAUUUCAUUCUGAUGCUUGUGAUAAAAGACAAACAAAUGUACUUGUGUAGAGAAAUCCCUUUAAAACAAUGAAUAGAAGCAGCUGAUUUUGAGGUUAAUGCUGUAGAAUAGGAAUGUAUACCAAAUGUAAUCUUUCCAAUGCUACAAUGAAUUUAUACAUGAGAUUGAUAUGCAAUAAA